CCAUCAGGAUCCCGACAUCAGUUUACCGGCGUCCCUCAGUCCGUGCAGUCGCGUUCGGUAUUCGCGUUCGAUCCGUCGAAUCACGUGCGUCCUCGGCAAAGGGUGACAGAGAAUAAAAGAGCAGGCGAUGUCGACAUUGAUGUUCCUCGGACGCGUCACUGCAGCAUCGAAUCGCCCUCGAGAUGUGUGAAACUCCUCCAGGAUUACCGCUACAGCUGGAUCCAUGAUUGUGGCAAAAUGGUGGAUUGGCAAAAGGCACUUUUAAUGGUGUUACUGGCGCUCCUGAUUUAUCCAAACGAUAUUUUUGGCGGCGCUUUUCAACCCGAAUUUUCCGGCCCUAUCACCAAUCUAACCGUGCCGCUCGGGAGGGACGCCACUUUCACGUGUCUGGUGAAACAUCUAGGAGGUUACAGGGUCGGUUGGGUAAAGGCGGACACGAAGGCGAUCCAGGCGAUACACGACCACGUGAUCACGCACAACCAGAGGGUGUCGGUGUCCCAUAGCGACCACUCUAUAUGGAACCUCCACAUCAAGGGCGUUCAGAAAGAGGACGGCGGCCUUUAUAUGUGUCAAAUAAAUACGGAUCCCAUGAAGAGUCAGACAGGUAUGCUAUCUAUUGUUGUGCCACCUGAUUUCGAUACCGAAGCUACAUCGAGCGAUAUGAUGGUGGGCGAGGGCGGCCAGGUGAAGUUAACGUGCCGGGCGAGAGGCGUACCGGAGCCGCGCGUAUCCUGGCGCCGGGAAGACGGCAGGAACAUUAUAAUUCGGGAGCCAUUUGCAGGAAGCGCCCUGAACCAGAAGUCUCACGUACUUACCGUGACUGAAUAUAUCGGUGAGGAGUUGAAGCUGACAAAGAUCUCGAGGAACGAGAUGGGGGUUUAUCUGUGCAUCGCCAGUAACGGAGUUCCGCCUGCGGUCAGCAAACGUAUUUAUAUCAACGUUCAUUUUCCGCCAGUGAUUCGCGUACCCAAUCAGCUGGUUGGCGCGCCUUUGGGGACCGACGUGAUCCUAGAAUGUCUCGUCGAGGCGUCCCCAAUGUCGAUUAACUAUUGGGUCAAGGACCCUAAGGGUGAGAUGACACGUGAGAUGACUGCGACGUUUCAGCGUGCGAUGAUAAUAUCGAGCGUCAGGCACGACGUUCAGACGAUAACAAAGUCACCGUUCGAGGUCCUGAUGAUCCUCACGAUCCGGAACUUGCAGAAAAACGACGUGGGAACGUACAAGUGCGCGGCCAAAAAUUCCCUCGGCGAGGUCGAGAGUAGUAUUCGAUUAUACGAGAUUUCGGGACCGGCGAAAACGCAAACGCCACCGUGGCCGCCCUUCUACGACGAAGAGGACGAAGCGAUGUUCGGUUCGGCGGAGAUGGACAAGACGGAGAACAAGCCACUGGCGGUGGAUAACACGGUCCACGGACACGUGGGUUAUCCGUCGCUCAUUACGCCGUCCUCCACGAUCCGCGGCAAGAAACGACCGAUAAGUGCCAGCUCGGGCGCUGAUCCUUAUCCACGACAGCUCUUCGUCCUGAUAUCGUCGCUGUUGUCGCUUCUAAUCGUUCGCCGAAGAUGGUGAUGGUGAUAAGAAAUGGGGAAGAACCGAGGAAUGAAAAACUUGAUCGAGAUAUCCGUCGCUAGUGCUCGCGUCAACCGCACGUUGCGAUUCUCGUAACGCGAUCUCUCGCAACGGCACAAUUCACUUUCGGAGAAGAAUUAUACGCGUUGUUGUACGCGAUUAACACGAUCCGACGACCGUAGACUCGAAGUUGUUUGUACAGCAAACUGCCGCGGAAAAAGAAAAAUAGAAUAGGUAUUUGAGAAAAUUCGGUGCUGUUCUCCAAACGUACUAUAUUUUAAUUUUGACUAAUCAGCGAGAAGCCGCUGCACCCGGCAGGCAAGGUUCGCGUAAGGUAAAAGCCCGCAAGCUUUAAUCUUCAUUGGCUAUUCAGCAGAGCUUGCUCCGGCUCUGUGUACGGCAAAAACAACUUCGAAUGGGCUUAAGUCGCCGCCGCCGACGACGACGUAUCGUCUUCCCUGAGUGGCUUAUUCGUAAUUCGUAGACCUAAUCAAUGCAUCGAAAGCUCGCGAAAGGGAUGAACCAAGUGGUGCUGCAGAUGGGAGCAUUGCGGAGCAUGUAUUACAUUGAUCGUGAUACUUAAAUCGGAAAAUCGAUCGGCGGGUUAGUUAAUUAAAUUCAGAGAUCGAAUUCGGUACAGUUUUAACUUGGUUCCGUUCGUCAUUGUCGCGGUAUUAAGAAUGCGGUCACCUAAAUUUUCACCCGUGUGUAAAUUUGAAUCAGUGUAACGUGAUCUCACAGAUAUCACCGCCUAUCAUCGAUUUAUCUGAACUCAACAGUGAUUUACAAAAUUGAUACUAAUAUUAAUUAAGCCGAACAACUUUUUAUGUAAAAUAUCAACUUCUUCUCUAUUUUGUUACGUGCAUGAAAGCGUACGCGUUAUAUCAAAUCAAAUUGCGGGCUCUCAAUCGAUUAAAUCGACGCUUAAUAAAAGAGAGAAACGGACGCAAAAGGUAAGAAGGAAGACAAGAAAGCGAUAGAAGACCGACAUUAAAGGACGGACGGGUAAAGUCACCAAUAAGGAGAAGAACAUAUCUUGAAAUGAAGAUAAAUAUUCCUGGAAUAAUAUUCGCGCGGAUCGAAAAGUCAGGUGCGUAAAACUUCUCAGUUUUCGGCGGCAAUAAAUCUGCGUGAUAUGUACAUAUUUACGUGUAUUAUACGGACACGCUCGCACGUGUAUAUGUGUGCAUACGUCAGGGUAAAUUAAACACAUUCGUGCCACUUCCCCCUCCCCUCCCCUUUUCUCACCCAACUUCCCCGCUACGCUCUCCAAUCGCGUGCGAGCGGCGUGGCGUUUCGUAGAUAGUCCUUACGAUUACGCCGGUGUAAUAGGAUAUGUAUCGCGAGUUUAAACGAGUAUUGAAAGCUUUAAAGGAGUAUCGAGCCGGAAGUAGCAAAAGACGUCAUGUUUCGCGCCCGUCUUGGCGGACGCCCUCGAUACGAAUCGAUCGCGGACGAGCGGCCGCAAAGUUGUUCGCCACACAUCGCCUCGAUCAUGGACGUGCGAUCGCAAACCCCUGUCCCUCUUCUGCAAACUUUCUUUUCUCUUCCACAAGGUUAACGUGCACUCGAGGGAGCUUUUUACAGCGCUCUCGGUUAGCUGCUCUCGAAGAGCGAAACUCUUCAGUCAACACGGAAUUAAGUGUGUCUUUGGAGAAACAUUUAGUGCUCCACUUUUUGAAUGCGAUUCUCCGUAGCGAAAUGCUCUCCGAUAGCAACGGGAAGUCGUUUUCAAUGAUUGUUCACUCGAGGAUUUUGCUUUCGAGCACGGGCUCUCGUUAUUACAACUUUCUUUCAGUUAAAAUAAAAUUGGAUGAUAUUCAUCGGGUAUUUAUACUUGAGAACUUUAACAGCAAGUGUCAAUCGUGAAUUUAACACAAACUUAAAAGCGAUACAAAACUUGACUCUUGAAAGUUACAUUUUCUACAAAACGUGGAAAAAAUAAUAAAAACCUGAAAAGCACUUUUUUUAUAAAAGAAAAAAAUAUCGACAACUUUUAUGAGUAACUCGAUUGUAGAACACACAUUUUUAGAUACUUACUGUUUAAAUAAAUAAAAUUAGAAUAAAUCAAAUUAUAGUUCUCGUUGUCGUAUUGAUCGAUUUAACGGCAGUAAAUUCAUUAUUUUACAUCCGUCAAAUUAAUGAAAAGUGUUACAUAUAAUGCUUGACAUUUUUUAUGAUCAUAACCAAUCAUUUAUAUUAUAAUCUAUAGUUAUAUAAAUCUAAAACUGAUAUUGAAUUGAUUUUUACUUAAAAUCAACAUAAAAUAAAAUUGUUUAUAUGGAUAUGAGAAAUUACAAACUACCACAUAAAAUUAACAUUUUUAAUGAGAGUUAAAAUAUGUAAAAGAGAUAUCUAUAAAACGCUAAAAGUGCUUCACAAAAACCUAUGUUGUGCAUAAAUUACAAACUAUAAUGAGAUACGAGCAAAUCAAUCAAAAUGUGAUAAGUCAAUAAAAAUUUCGCCAAUCGCGCGUCCUAUGAUCAGGAAAUAAUAUCUGAUUACUUAUUUCCAGUGGAUGAGCAAACAACUAUAACUGUUCGAUAGAUCAGUGACGAUCGUUCUCUGGGAUGAGUUACUUCGAGCAAAUAUGCAGAAUUCAUGUGUGGAAAAAAGAAUGUGAGAAACAAAGAGUAAGAGAAAAAAGCGAGAAAGAGAGAGAGAGAGAGAGAGAGAGAGAGAGAGAGAGAGAGAGAAUAAUUAUAUUUUUAUAUUUCCACUGUAGCGUGCUUAUGUUUUGUGUUAAUAGUUUUUUAAUUACUAUCAAAGCUUUCUCCAUUCCAAUCGUUAUCAUUGUGACAUUCGGUUCCCACAGUAAUUUCUUUAAUUAUACUUGAUGUUACAAUAGCAAACGUCGUGAUGUAAUGGCGUAUCCAGAUUGGACGUUCCAAUUCCGCUUUCGGGUCUCCAUUCUGUUUUCAGACGAAAAUCCCCAAAGUGGAUCUAACACAAUCGUGGAAAGAUAACAGAAUCGAUCGCGUCGAUUCCCGCGCACCACUCGCUCCACGAGUUUUGUAUUCACUAAAUAAAUCGGGCGUCCCCGUGGGUGCUUGGUUUUGAAGUUUUUAUGGUAACUAAAAUUGCGUCUCGUUACGCUUCGCGAUUCAUUUUCGGUACUCGCCGCCAGCUCUCUCGCAGGAGCGUCAUACGUCCCCAAUUUUUAUUAAAACCUUCAUGUAUAUCUCAAAUCGAUUUGUUCUUCGCAAUCGGUUCGCCCACAUCUAAUUCCUCUUAAACAUCGUGCAAACUUUUUUCACGUAGUACACGACGGGAGUUAAUCCUUUCGCUAUCCUACUUAAUUUAAAAGUAAAGACUAUAAUGAAGUUGCAGAUAGUUUGUAGUUUCAAAGUGAUAUUGACGUAAAAAAAGAAAGAGAGGAGUUUUAAUGGUAAAAUAGUUAUAAAGCGUUCGCCAGCGUUGUUCAAAAUGCACAACAUAAUGGAAGUACAUUAAGUGAUGUUUGGGAUUAAAAAAAAAUUUACGUUUACUUUAUAUAUUCUCGAUAUUGUAGAUUCACGUAUUGCUCCGUUGAAACAUCGCAUCUGAUAAAUUUGUCACCUGCAAGGUUUUUCCUGGGAAGUCCUUCAAUUAACUACUGUCCCAUUUCGCGUCCGAUAUAAUAUGCGACGUGCCACAUUCGUCACUGCAGUCCAAAUGGCUGGUCGCAAAAAAAAAAAUCCUGAUUCGCGAAGCGUCCUCAAGCGUCCUCACGAGAGCCAAUGAAUGGUCGCUCUCUCGGUGGCAGAAAAAAACCAUUGAGAAAAAAAAUCGUGACGCCGCCGCUUUUUCCCCCGACGGGCCAAAUCGCGCUCGUUUGCGACACGCCGCCCCGUAACCUACGGGGUCGCGAACGAGCGUGUUCCCUCUUAUUUCGUCAGAGGGAAUCCUCGUUCCAUAACGAUUAUCGUGUCUCUUUCUCUCUCUCUCUCUCUCUUACUCAUUCACUCACUCACUUACUUACUCACUCUCUGGCGGCGUAGGAAAACGGCGGAGAGGCGAGCCGCCUCUCUCGGUCACCGUGAGAAAUUAUAAGGGCGAAUCCGCCUUUAAGGACUAGAGGAAGAAGAUCUUAGUUCCUCCAUAAAUAAACACAACUGCCCGCGCAGCUGGCGCGGACGUAAUUCAUCGUGAAUUAAUUUAAGGGCUACCGCCACCUCUCUCCUUCAUUGCUCUCCUCCACUUCUGGCUCCCUCUCCCCUUUCUUCCGUCCCACGUUUUCAUUAGAAGGCCCGCCAUGCCGAGGCCGCCAUUUGGCAGCUCUCGCUUUUAUGCUGAUUUUAUUUCCCUUCUUUCGCGAACUCGGGCAUCCACGGGGCAAUUGUGCGGUAUUAUUAUCCGCUACGAGCCGUGGUGGCAUGAACGACCGCAUGACAUACGGCCCGUCGAACCGAGUGAAGUCCAGAAUGAAGAUUUCAUAGUUCGCCAAAGGUCCUGCUGCCUUCCUUCCCAUCCUCGUCCUCAUCACCACCUCGUUCUCGUCGUUAAUAUCAUCGUGGUGCCCGAAGACUUUAUAUGACUUCCAAACAAGCUUACCGUUUGGACUUCAUCGCGUAGUCCAAUCGUCUUUAUAAAGUUACAACUGCAGCUGCAGUUGCAGCACCUCUUCGUGCUGGUCCCCCCCAAACCAUCGCUCUUUCUCUCUCUCUCUCUCUCUCUCUCUCUGGCUGUGGCUGCUCGUAGAUUUCUGUCCCUCUGCCCCUCUCUUCCUCACUCCUCGGCCAUUCGCUUAAUCUCCGUCGGUUACGCUUAUUAAAGUCCCGAGAGGUACGACGUGUAAGUCCGUCGAGGCGAUAUACACGGGGGACGCGUAUAGUUACGUAUGCGCGCUGGUUGCACGACUGUUGGUUUAUCGCGCGCUCGCAGUCGGUGCUUCUCGCCGUUUCGACGUGCCAGACGAAGGGCACAGUUUCAGAAGUGCACACUCCAACACGUCGCCAACGAGGAACGAUCAAUGUAAUUCGGCGACUCGUCGCGAAGGGACAAAUAUCCUAUUUAUGCAUAAUACGUGUAACAUUUCCUCCGUUUUGUCUAAUUUGUGAAAUGAUAUCAUUCACAUAACCCAUGAUAAAGCUGCGCGAAAGCAAUUACCUCAAAAAUUAUAACGCGCACAAUUUGAAAUUUAAAAUUGAUUAUUCUAAUUGAUAAUGCUGUCGAUUUGAGAUUGAUGGAUUAACUUUCUUUGUUUACAAUAUUAAUUACAAUAGCGAUAAUGAUUUUAAAUAUCAGUUCUUCUUCACUUCGCUUCAACGUUGAUAUAUUUUGGCACUUUAACUGCCAGACGAUUUGGGAUUUUUCUACGACACGAUCGAACAGCUUCGAGAAGUUUGUUUUAUGAGUCUUAAGUGGGUCGAUUGAACUGGUAUAAAGUUUUAAGAGUUUUGGAGAAGGAGAAUUAGCCAACUUCCUUUUAUCUGUGUGAAUUAUCGCUUUUGUGAAUCGUUCCUUUUGACAUUUACGUUGACACUGUGUGAAAUAAUGCUGUUUUUAUACUUCCCAAUGUUUUUCUUUACGAUAUUAUACAUAUGAUAUAUACCUCGAUGCAAAUUUCAUUUGUUUUACUUUAUUUCAAUUAUAUAAUACUGUCGUUCGAUCGAUCUUUUUUUUCGUACAGAAUGUCGAUGUACUAUACGAUUCCUGAACUUUCUUCCUUUUUUUUUUGUUGCGCAGUAUAGCCAUGCUUAUCUUUUCCAUGGGUUCUCUUUUAUUUACUUUUAGUUUUCGCAACGUGGCUUGUUGCAGUCGUUAGUUUUUCUUUGCGCUUAUUGAGUCGUAAAUAACAUAUCUUCCUUAUCGAACGAAAACACCGUUGCAAAAAAACCUAUCCAAAUACCUGUUCUAGAAUUUUUCGCUCUUCGUGCAGUAGUUUUCACAAUCGAGUUUCGAGGCUGUGUUAACUUACAUACAUAUACUCGCGCGCGCAUAUACACAUACACACGUAUAAGAAAUAACUAGAUUCAAAAUAUUUUCUUUUUAUAUUAUGUUAACAUGAUAUAUCAUAAAAAGAAAAAUAGCAGGAAUUACAGAAAUGUUACUUUUAGAAACAAGUAAAAUUUUAUUAUGCAUAAAUUGGCGAGUGCAAAUUCGAGAAAAAGAAAAUCUUAUCGAAAAAAAAAAAGAUCGAUUAAAGUAGAUUGUAUUACUGCACGAUUUUCGCGAUAUAGAUAUAUUUUCUCUUUCAAUGUCCGAUCAUACGGAUAAUCGGAUUUUCCGCGCUUAUUCUGCGACUUUGAGUUCGUUGACGGACAGUAUUGGGAUACAGUUCUCUCAGAAGUGAAAUGUGUUAUGGAUGUAAGGGGGAGAAACGUUCUCGCGCGAGAGCUGCCGAUGAAUUUUCUGCGUAACGGGGUACAAGGCCACGACAGCCACCCUUGAAAUCCCAAAGUCAUCCGCCAUGAAGAUUAUCACUGGCGGUUAUCCAGCAGCUGCACGUCACUCGGCAAGUCCUAUCCGGCGGCUCAUCACAUUCCUCCUUUCGCGCUUCCAAAUACUCCUUUAGACUGCAGUAUCAGACAAUACGAGAAAACGGAACUUUGAAUACGUGGAAAACUGUUAAUGGUGUGCAUGAUGCGAAGGAUGAUUUCACAAUUCUUUAAGGAAUAUUUAAAUCCUUCCCCCAUCCCUUCUCUUCCAGCGCCGUUAAGCUUUAGAAUCGGUAUCGUAAAGCUGUAUUUUAUUAACAUCAGAAGAGCCGAGAUAAAAUAAUACCAUUUUUAUUAGAUUCAAUAGACCGUCUUCGAUUAUCGGUACAUUACAUAUCUUUAAAGUUUAAACAUAUCAAUAUAAACAAAUAAUAAUAAAAUUUAAAAAAUGUUAUCUUAAAAUAAGUAAUUAACUUAGAUUAUCAAAGAGGCCUUGAUCCGGCAAUCAUUCACGUAUAUACUGUCAAUGUUUUAUUUAUCUACAAACUUGAAUCUUUUAGUCAUUUAAAGGCUUUAUAUUUUAAUAAAAACUUUCCUUUAAUUAUGCUUUCCAUCUUAAUAAGAAGUUUCAAUACAAAGUGUUUUCUUAGAAAUUAAAAUUUAAUGUAUUUAAAAAGAAAAAAAUUAUAGAAAACAAAAAGUGUUUUUCAAUACAGUCGAUAGAGAUACAAGUGUCUCGAUUCUUCUGGUGUUAACUGGAGAUUUCCUGUUGUGUUUUAAUAGACACGAUGUAUUAUAUACUUUUUGUAAAAUAAUAAAAGUCGAAUACACGGUUAAAAGGCGUUCCUUAGUUAGAUUUAUGUAAGUCAUGAUGUGUGACCCAGGAUCUUUUUGAUCCUGACGGAGGAUCACCUCGCGAGACGGAAAUGUGCUUUAAGAAUUCUUCGAGAGAAAUGCUUACAUGCGCUUGUCGAUGAGUGUUCGAGAAUUAAAUGAAUUGCAUUCUCAUUAUUUACAACCGCAAUCGAAAUUCGACUUGUACAUUAAGAGAAGAAGUUGCAAUUCUGCGUUGUUAAAUCGUAUCCGAACGAGUUAUGCGAGUAUUAUCUCGAGAUGACGAGAUGCUGCUUGUGUAAAAAAAAAAAAGUUCGACCAUCGACGAUGUAUACCAAACCUAAACGCUAUCAUCCUGUAUAAAUAAUAAUCGCGAAGCCGUAAUAGCAUUCGAUAUGAUUUUUCGACGGCAUCGUUUUCCGGCGCGCAAUAUACAUAGUGCUCGCGUAAAUUUUGUACGUACGUGCAAUCGGUCAUUUCGGUAAAGAUUAAAAAUGAGACGACGAGCGACAAACGGAUUGUAUAAAUAUAGUCAUGUAAGAAGGUAGUGGAAAAUAAUUCUGUAAAUAAUUGUGAAGAAAACAAACACUGUAACCAAGUAUCACGGCGGAAUAAAGAUGGAGCUUCAUGUUGCAUAUGAAGCUAUCGAUAAGA